CUAAACCUUUGAGAGGAACGCCUAGUUGUGUGAAAGGAAAACAUCGGAUUGGAAGCUGUUAUAAUUACCAUUGAGCAAGAAGCGUGGACCUUGAAAAGCUGUUGUGAUGGUGAAAGCAGCUUCUUUAGUAGGAAGCCUGAAGGGGUGGAGAGCCGCUGCCAGUCAGUGUCGACAAUAUACAAUAUUCGACAAUAUAAAGCAUCUCGACGGGGCUCACUCCCACAAGAGCAGCCUUCGCUGACCAACUUCCCAAACCUUCCUUCGGAGGCAGGGCAAGGGGCCGGCGCUUCGGCGGCGCAAGAGCGAGGCUCCCUCCUGGGGCCGCCGGUGGCGCAUGGCGCAAUUCCUCCCUCUCCUUCUCUUGGCUCUGGCGCAGGGCGCCCGCCCGCCGCCGCCUCCUCCCUUCCCCGGCCCCCGCUCGGUACCGAACCGCAGCUGCUCGGUGGUGCUGGACGCCGUUUCCAGGCAGCUGAAGACCCUGAACGGCUGGGCCCCCGCCGCCGUCGCCUGGGCGAACCUGACCGAUGGCAUCCGCGACACUGGAUGGGCCUCCCUGGAGCUCAUAACCAAUGACAAGUUUAACGACAGCAUCCAGGCCUACGCGGCAGGGCUGGCUGAAGCAGCUGUGUCUCAGCAGCUCAUCUACAUGCAUUGGAUGAACACCAAAGUGGGCUACUGCGGGCCCUUGAUGGCCCAGACCACCGAUUACUGCCAGAAGCUGAAGAAUUACAUCGAAAGCAACCUGGCUUGGAUGGAGCAGCAGAUGGAGGCGGCGGAAGACUCUGCCUACUGGCACCAGGUACGCCUUGCCUUGCUGCAGUUGAAAGGCCUUGAGGAUGGUUAUAGCGGACGGGUGGCCUUCCCAGUUGGCAAAUUCUCCAUUGCCCCCUUUGGCUUACUCUUGUUCCAGAUGUGGGGCGAUUUGGGAGAUCUGCAAGUGGCUUUCAACAAAUCUGGGAAGCCGCCCAUCCCUGAUUCUGAUUCCUGCUCAGCCUUCAUCAAGCUGUUGCCCGGCAACCAAGAUCUCCUUGUCUCCCACGACACUUGGACCUUUUACCGGAGUAUGCUCCGCAUGCUGAAGAAAUACACCUUGCCAUUCCGGACUUCAGCCCACAGUGACGGCUUGAUCCCCGGGUUCACCCAGGCUUUCUCCUCGUAUCCGGGCACCAUCUUCUCGGGAGAUGAUUUCUACAUCUUGAGUAGUGGAUUGGUGUCUCUGGAAACCACCAUUGGGAACAACAACAGCACCCUGUUGAAGUACAUCCAGGCUAAGGACAGCGUCUUGGAAUGGCUGCGCAACAUCGUGGCCAAUCGGCUGGCGACGAGCGGAAGGGAGUGGGCGACCAUAUUCCAGAAGUUCAACAGCGGCACGUACAAUAACCAGUGGAUGAUUGUGGAUUAUAAGUCUUUCGUCCCAGGCAAGGCCAGCCUCCAGGAGGGCGUCCUCACAGUUCUGGAGCAGAUUCCGGGCAUGGUGAUUUCGGACGACAAGACCCAACUGCUGUACCAAGAGGGCUACUGGGCAAGCUACAAUCUGGCGCACUUUCCAGAAAUCUUCAAUGCCAGUGGCAUUCCUCAGCUGGUGCAGAAAUACGGUGACUGGUUCACCCAUGAAAAGAACCCCCGGGGCCAGAUAUUCCGGCGCAACCAGACACUCAUCCGGGACAUGGACUCUAUGAUCCAGCUUAUGAGGUACAACAACUUCCCAAAGGACCCGCUCUCCCGGUGCCAAGGCUGUGAUCCGCCACAGAACGCUGCAAAUGCUAUUGCCGCCCGAUCAGACCUCAACCCCGCUAAUGGCACAUACCCCUUUUGGGCCAUGCGCCAGAGGCCCCAUGGAGGGACUGAUAUGAAGGUGACUUCCUUUGAGAUGGCCAAGAACUACAGUUUUGUUGCCGCCAGCGGGCCAACCUGGGACAACUUGCCCCCUUUCCAGUGGAGUUCUUCUCCCUUUCGCAACCUGCUACACAUGGGCCACCCCGACCUCUGGAGAUUCUCGCCCGUCCGGGUCCGCUGGGGCUGAUGCCUGGGAGGGAGUCAGACUUCCCCCAUCACGCAGGGCUUCAGGCUGGGUGCGAUCCCAGCUGGUCCCACACAGCUUUGUGGGCGCAUGUUGCACACUCUCUUGAAGGAAUGAGGGAGGGGUUCUUUUUUAAAAAAACUCUCCAAAGGCUGAGAACAUUUGAUAAUGAAGGGAUAUAUUCAGGGGUCUUUGUGUGAUGCGAUUCAAAGGGUUUGCAGGAAAAGCACUAUCUUUGGCUGCCUGAGAAUGUUGGCUUUCUGUUUGCUUGUGUUUUUUAAAAAAGGUUCUAGCCCUUAUGGCUGCAAAUAUACCCUUACAAGAGGGCAGCUCAAUGUCUGCUGCAAUCUCAUUCGGCUAGAUGGGUGGCUGAAUAAGACUGCUGGAACUCCAGGGUGGAGGAAUUAUUGGGGAGGGAGGGAGGUGCUUCAUCGAAUCUGCAAGCCCCACCUCCUGAACCCGUAUCAAUUUUAGCCUAAACAUGCCUCCCCCUAGAGCAGCCUAAAAAUAGUGGUUAAGGGGGUUAUUACAAAAAGGAUGCAGGACAUUUCCCCAUCUCUCCCCCCCCCCCGUUAUGCUAUACAUAAUUUCUUGGAAAACCUACUGUAAGGUAUGCAAAAUAGUCAUACUUGCAGAAUCGGUAAUGUAAAAUAAAUGAAAUUAUUGCUGGGCUUGAGUAAGCGGGGCUGGUUGAGAGAUGCUGUUUUUCAUGCUGCAGAAUGUUCAGUCUCUUUGAGCACAGGAUCCACGACAGCCCACAAUUUGUGUGCACCUCUUGGUGCCCAAGAGAUAGAAUAAGACUUGGGCUUCCUUUCCCUGCUUUUUCCUCCUCUGCCUGCUGCUUGCUUGAACUUGAAAAGCUUCACCAAUAUCCCUGCAAGAUUCAAGACCUCAAGACCUCCUUCUUGCCUGCAGGCAUUUUGUGCACCUACAGGGGCACUCUGGCUUCUUGCAGCUCCUGGCGCAACAUAGUAGAUUCUGCAAGUCUGAAGCCUGUCUUCCCCCUUCCCCACUUUAGUCAAUGUCAGUUUUGUAUCCUAAUUACAAAUAUGAAAAAUACCAAACAACAAACAAAAUAAGUUGCUUAGGAAUUAUAAGGGACAUCUAUCCUCUCUCUUUGCCUCCUUCUGCUGCUCCUUGAGCCAAAAGAGAUGGAUCUAUCUGUUGGUAGCAUAAGCUGUGCCCCUGUGGAUCAGGGUACAUGGGUGUGUUGGUGAGACAUAUGAAGGAUUUUUCUGUCUUGCCUCGUCUGAUCAAAAGUUUGAACCUUUUUGAUUUUGUGUUUGUCUUAAUAUCAACGCCAACUUGUCUCCCCAUGUGUUGUGUGCCGCUGAACGGCUUCAACAGGUUCCCUCUUCAGCUACGCACAUUCCUGAAGGGAUCCCAUCACAGUAAUCUUGAGAAAUCACCAGUUAGGUACAUGCAAUCAUGAGAUUGAUUUAUGUCCCUUUCUCCCUGCCUUCCCAUCUCUCUCUCUUUCGCACAUACUUCUCUCUCUCUCUCUCUCUCUCUGACACAUGUACACAACACUUGCGCACGUCCCUCACGCACAGCUCUUUUUCGCACACAUGCUUCUCUGCCCCCCUCUCACAAACAGACCAUAAUGCCAGUGCUAUUUCAGGUUAUGUUGGCAGAAACAGUGGCUCCAAUUCAGAGAAAGCUGGUGGUGUUUCUGUGCAACUUCUGUGGAUCAGAGCUGUUGUUCGUUCCCAUGAACUCGAAUCUAGUAGUAUGGCUUUGCUUUCCGCCGAUCCAACCCUGGCUGGACUAUUAUCUUUGGACCUGGACUCCUAGAAGGUUGUUAAAAAGUUGGAACGGCUGCAGCGAUAGCACUACAAAGGUGAUAAAGAGUUGGG